UGUUCAAUUUCUCCUAGUAGCCAGGUCCAGUAGAAGAUUCCAAUCCAACUGGCACUUCAAAAACUAUUGAGCAAUUUGCCUAAUCUAUGAAUUGACUUGCCCAUGAAGAAAUAUAUAAUUGACACUGGGCAUCAAGAUCGCCAAAGAAAAUAGAUACAAGUGUUAUAAAACAUGGCAAAUUCGUACGUCCAACUUCACUUCGCAGCAUUAUUCUUCCUUGCAAGUCUUACAAUCCCCUCUAAUUGCCUUCCUGGCCUUUAUCCUAAAGCCCCUGUUGCCCUCUUUGUCUUUGGUGAUUCACUUUUUGAUCCUGGAAACAAUGACUUCAUUAAGACAACCACUACUUUCCAGGCAAAUUUUCCGCCUUAUGGAGAAACAUUUUUUAAGCUCCCAACCGGGAGGUUCACUGAUGGCCGCAUUAUCCCUGAUUUUAUAGCUGAAUUUGCAAAAUUAUCUCUAAUUCCACCAUACCUGCAAACUGGAUAUCAUGAAUUCUUGACUAAUGGCGUGAACUUUGCAUCUGGUGGUGCUGGUGCUCUUGCUGAAACUAAUACCGGAUUGGUGAUCGACCUUAAAAUGCAAUUCAAGAACUUUAGGAAAGCUAAGAAACAUUUGAGGUUGAAUAUAGGUAAAAGAGCCGCAAGACGAGUGGUGAAAAAUGCUGUAUACUUGUUUGGCAUUGGUAGUAAUGAUUACUUGAGCCCGUUGACUAAUAAUUCCAGUAUAUUUAAGUUGUAUGCACCACAAGAUUAUGUGGCAAUGGUGGUUGGCAACAUUACAUCGGUUGUUCAGAAAAUUCACGGGGAAGGUGGAAGAAAAUUCGGGAUUUUAAAUUUGGGCCCUUUAGGCUGUUUGCCAAGGCUUAGAGCAGCCAAUGUGGCCGCGGGAGGAAAUGGAGAGUGCGUGGAACAUGUCACAGCUUUGGCUAAAUUACACAACGUAUUGCUUUCCCAAAAACUCCAGUUGCUACAAAAACGGCUCAAAGAUUUUAAGUACUCGUAUUUUGACGUCUUCACAGCUUCCAUCGCGACAGUACAAAAUCCGUCCAAAUUCGGUUUUAAGGAAGUGAAGAGUGCUUGCUGUGGUAGCGGGCCAUUCCGAGGAUAUUUUAGCUGCGGAGGAAAGAGAGGAAUGAAAGAAUACGAGCUAUGUGAUAAUCCCAAAGAUUAUUUAUUUUUCGACGCUAAUCAUCCAACUGAAGCGGCGAACUUGCAGUCUGCGGAGGCGAUGUGGGGAGGGACUCCCAACAUAACAGGGCCUUACAAUCUCCAGUCGCUGUUUCUGCUUUAAUUUCUGGUGAGGACUUUGUAAGUUGUGUAAAUUUGAUGUUCAUUACUUCAGAUUUGGACUAUAUGUGUAAUUUUAUAAUUAUGUUUUACAAAAUAACCGCAUGAAUUCAAUUUUGUUGUCAUUAUCAAAAUGUAUCAACAACCAAUUCAA